CGGGCCGGGUGAGAGGCGGCGGACAGCCCGGGGGCCGCGGGCCCGCGCCCCGCCGCCGCCCGCGAUGCUGCUCUCCAAGUUCGGCUCCCUGGCGCACCUGUGCGGGCCGGGCGGCGUGGACCACCUGCCGGUGAAGAUCCUGCAGCCGGGCAAGGCGGACAAGGAGAGCUUCGAGAAGCUGUACCAGGUGGGCGCCGUGCUGGGCAGCGGCGGCUUCGGCACCGUGUACGCGGGCACUCGCAUCGCCGACGGGCUCCCGGUGGCGGUGAAGCACGUGGUGAAGGAGCGGGUGACCGAGUGGGGCAGCAUCGGCGGCGCGGCCGUGCCCCUCGAGGUGGUGCUGCUGCGCAAGGUGGGCGCGGCGGGCGGCGCGCGCGGCGUCAUCCGCCUGCUGGACUGGUUCGAGCGGCCCGACGGCUUCCUGCUGGUGCUCGAGCGGCCCGAGCCGGCCCAGGACCUGUUCGACUUCAUCACGGAGCGCGGCGCCCUGGACGAGCCGCUGGCGCGCCGCUUCUUCGCGCAGGUGCUGGCGGCCGUGCGCCACUGCCACGGCUGCGGGGUGGUGCACCGCGACAUCAAGGACGAGAACCUGCUGGUGGACCUGCGCUCCGGGGAGCUGAAGCUCAUCGACUUCGGCUCGGGCGCGCUGCUCAAGGACACGGUGUACACGGACUUCGACGGGACCCGGGUGUACAGCCCCCCGGAGUGGAUCCGCUACCACCGCUACCACGGGCGCUCGGCCACCGUGUGGUCCCUGGGCGUGCUGCUCUACGACAUGGUGUGUGGGGACAUUCCUUUCGAGCAGGACGAGGAGAUUCUCCGGGGCCGCCUCUUCUUCCGGAGGAGAGUCUCCCCAGAGUGCCAGCAGCUCAUCCAGUGGUGUCUGUCGCUGCGGCCCUCAGAGCGGCCCUCGCUUGACCAAAUCUCAGCACACCCCUGGAUGCUGGGCGCCGAGGGGGCCCCCGCCGAGAGCUGUGACCUGCGCCUCUGUGCCCUGGAUGUGGACGACGGGGCCAGCACCACCUCCAGCAGCGAGAGCUUGUGAGGAGGCGCCCGGGCCUGGCUCGCGGGAGCCGGAGGGACCGACCCGCCUCAGCUGCGGCCGCUUCUUGCGGAAGCAGUGACCUCUGGCUCCCGGUGACCUCUGCCUCAGGCACCGGGCUGCUUCCUCUGCUUUGAGUGCCUUUCCGAACGCUGCUGUCGCGGGACUUGGUGUUCUCAAGCUCUGUCUGUCCAAAGACGCUCCGGUCCGAGGGAGGCCCAGCUGGGCGGGUGCAGGCCCUCUGGGACGGCCCAUCGAGGGCCCAGGAGCACGUCCUGUGGCCUCAUCUCUCUGGGACACCGCCGGCGUGCCCCCCUCCUGCGUGUCCCCGGUGUUGGUCCGGGCAAGUCCGUGCACAAGCAAUGCAACGUCGGGGCUGGCGGGGUGUGCACCCGUGCCCCUCUAUUUAUGGUCUGACCCCGAGGAGGGCUAUUUAUUGUUUAAUUUAUUCGUGGAGGUUCCCUCCUGGCGCCCCCACCUUCUUCCGCCUGGAGUGGGGGGCGCGGCUGUGUGUACCCCAGGUCCUGAUCCUACCUGUGUCUGUCGGAAGAUGGACUUGUACAGUGGCUAAUUUAAGGGGUGAGGGUGACCGCCACCAGGGCUCUGCGCCUCAGGGGCGGGGUGGGGGCGGGUUUUAAAUUAUUGACCUUGUACAGUCUGCUUGUUGGCUCUGGAGGCGGGGGGUGGGGGGCAGAGUCUCAAGCCUUUAAUUUAUUGUAGCAGCCGUGUUUCUGUGAUCCUGGUGUGCGUAGGCAUCGGGGAUGGGGUUUCCUUCAGUUCAAAAGUGAUGUCUCGAGAUCAUAUUUUUUAUACAGGUAUUUCAAUUAAAUUGUUUUGUAUAUAA